GUCCUUGUCCUUGUCUCCCUGUCUCCUUGUCCCACUCUGUCCCACUCUGUCUCACUCUUCUCUAUUCUCUAUUCUCUCUAUUCUACCUCUUCCUCUACUCUCUAUUCUCUCCUCUACUCUCUUUUCUCUCCUCUACUCUCUAUUCUCUCCUCUACUCUCUUUUCUCUCUAUUCUCCCAUGGAGAAAGAUAAUCAGGAAAAAGCAGGGAAAAGCUCCCCCCCCGAGUCAGGAGAAGUCCAUGACAUCGACUAUGGCGCCGAAACGGAACUCCAUCGCACCCUCGGCACCCGCCAUCUGACCAUGAUCGCCCUGGGCUCCUCCAUCGGCAUGGGCCUCUGGCUGGGCAGCGGCACCUCCUUAAUCGACGGCGGCCCUGCGGCGCUCUUCCUCGGAUACCUGCUCAGUGGCACCAUGAUCUGGGCCGUCUCACAGUCCAUCGGCGAGAUGGCCGUCAUGUAUCCUCUCCCCUCGGCCUUUGUGCAGUGGUCCUCCAAGUUUGUCGAUCCCUCCGUCGGCUUUGCCCUGGGUUGGGCCUACUGGUUUUCCUACUGGAUCACCAUCGCCAACGAGCUUCAGGGCGUGGUGACGGUCCUCAGCUUCUGGACCAGCAAGGUCCCGACCGCCGCGUGGAUCUCCAUCUUCCUGGUCGUCAUUGUCUUCAUCAACGUCUGGGCCGUCAAGUACUUUGCCGAAGUCGAAGUGGCUGCUUCUUCGAUUAAAUUCAGCUGGAUCAUUGUGGUCAUCAUUUCUUUGAUUGUGGUGUCUGCCGGCGGAGCCCCCGACGGAGGCCCGAUCGGGUUCCGAUACUGGAACUCGAUGCCCUUCACCAACGGCUUCAAGGGCUUCCUCUCCAUCAUGCCGACCUGCAUCUUCGCCAUGUCCGGCAGCGAGAACGCCGGCCUGGUCGCCGCCGAGACGGCGAACCCGCGCCGCGCCGUGCCCCGCGCCGUGGGCUCCAUCUGGAUCCGUCUGUCGCUGUUCUACAUCCUCGGCGCCUUGAUGGUCACCAUCACCGUCUCCCCGGAGGACCCGAACCUCUUCGGCGGCUCCGGCACCAACGCCUCCCCCUUUGUGAUCGCCUACCGUAACGCCGGCAUCCCCGCCAUGGCCGACAUCAUGAACGCCGUCAUCUUCAUCUCCGUGCUUUCCACCGGCAGUAUCUCCGGCUAUGGAGGCUCUCGCACCCUCAUGGGCCUGUCGCACCUGGGCAUGGCCCCCAAGAUCUUCAGCAAGGCAGAUAAACAUGGCCGUCCCCUCGCCGGCCUGGCCGCCACCCUGAUCAUCGGCGGCGGUCUCGCCUACCUCAACGUCUCCACCAGCGGAGCCACCGUCUUCUCCUGGCUCUCCAAUCUCACCAGCCUCUUCACCUUGUUCGGUUGGGGGAUGAUCUGUCUCUCCCACCUGCGCAUGCGUCACGCUUGGAAGAUCCAGGGCCGUGACCCUGCUGACCUCCCCUGGAAAUCCGGUGUCUACCCUUACGCCCCCAUCUGGGGUCUCUUCUGGUGUAUCCUCCUCAUCAUCGUCGAAUUCUACCUCUCCGUCUGGCCCUUGGGCGGGUCACCCAACGCAAAGACCUUCUUCGCAAACUACGUCAGUGUCCCCGCCAUCAUCGUCGCUUAUAUCGUCGGGCGCCUCUAUUAUCGUGGUCCCUGGUGGGUCGAUGCCGCCACCGUCGACCUCGACGCCGGUAGGAGGUUCUACCAUGACGUCCAGGAUGAGGAGGCAAAGCCCGCUUCCUCCAAGAGUCUCUGGCAGAAACUCGCCUUCAUCACCGAGUAGCCUGUCCCUUUCAUCCAAUACUAUUCUUCUAGCUGGCCACGGCCCUCUUGUAUCUUUUCUACUCCUGUAUAUUCAGCGUUGUUAGACUUGUGCAUUGUCCAUUCUUUCUCGCUCUUCUCCAGUAAUCUUGUAUUUCUACACACUGUAAAUUUCUUGGCAGGUUGUGCUUUGGUUAUAUUUCCUUAUCUUGAUCGCCCUUCAACAGCCUUUGUAGUGUAAUGGUUAUCACAUCGGAUUCUGAUUCCGGUAAUCCUGGUUCGAUUCCAGGCAGGGGCUCUUUUUUUUCUUUUUUUUUCUCUUCUUAUUUCUCGAUUUCUCUGAAAUAAUAAUAUCAUCCGAGCUAAUUGAUGACCUUUUUAUCCAAUCUUAAAUAGC